CACGCGCGCCCACACAUCUCGCGGAACUUAUAAUUGCAGAGUAAGCUGCACUCAUAUUAGUGCAACGGCACACAUAGCCUCGCGUAUGCCCGUCGAAUGUCAACGAUAUGUUUGUUACAUUUUCAUCGCGAGGCAAUAAGACGUCGUCGGCUCCGAUCGUGCAUUGUGACGGAUGCUGCUGCUGCUGCUGCUGAGAGUGUCCGAAAGGAGCAUUGAAAAAGUCAACGUAUAAAAAGUGGAGUGUAUACAAAAAAAAAAACCCGCUACUCGAAUGGACGAUGAUGACUCAUCAUCGGAAGGCUGUCACAACAGUUUUGUACGCGGGCGACGAUUUCGAUAAAGCGCGCACCUGUCCGAUAAGCUGCUGAAUUUUUCGCUGAUAAUAAUUUUGAAAGGCGAGCGAUGCUGUGCGUCAGCUCGCGUCGAUCGGAAUCUUCGGUGUAUCGUCGUUAAACAAAUAAAAACUUCAUCAUGGAUGUUUUUAAUAAGCUUCGUAACACUGUGACCAAUACGCUGAGUAAUACUGUUAGCAAUACGGCCCACAGUCUUUCUCAGUUGUCCAGUGUUUUGCCAGGAAAUCCAGUAACGAGAGAGUAUGAAGUCACAGCACACAUAUGCAGCGCCGGUCCUGGCUUAUUGUGGAAAGUUUACAGUGGAUUCAAAAAAUCCACUAAACAGAAGGCAGCGAUAUUUGUUUUUGAAAAGCGUUUACUCGAUCAAUGGCCUGACAGAGCAGUUAGAGAUAAUGUCAUUGAAACGCUUAAAAAGGGCAUCGUUCAACUAACUAAAUUGAGGCAUCCACAAAUUUUGACAGUUCAACAUCCAUUGGAGGAGUCUAGAGAUAGUCUUGCUUUUGCAACUGAACCAGUGUUUGCUAGCUUAGCAAAUAUACUGGGAGACGUUGACAGCUUGCCUCAAUCUGCUAGAGCUGUUCUCCAAGAUUAUAAACUUUUAGAUCUUGAAAUGAAAUUUGGAAUCUACCAAUUAGGAGAAAGCUUAGCAUUUUUACAUAAUGAUGUGAAAAUGUUGCACAGAAAUCUCAAUCCAGAAAAUAUUGUUGUCAACGAUAACGGUGAUUGGAAAAUUUUUGGUUUUGAAUUUUGUGCAAUGAACAAAUCACUAGAUGAUAAGCCAAGUUGGAUAAAUGUGGAUUACACUUCUUCUUCUUUGGGAAUUAAACCACCUAUUCAUUAUCAAGCUCCAGAGUGCAUCAAGUCCACAAUAAUUAGUCCAUCUAGUGAUAUAUUUUCUCUUGGUAUACUAAUAUGUUACCUACAUGCACCCAAUAAUCCAUUGUGGAAUUCUAGGAACGACAGUUCAAAUUAUGUAAGAUUUUUAGAAGAAUUGAAAAAUAUCAUCACCUCAGCAAGAAACUUUGACUUGCCGAACUCUUUAAAAGAUACUGUUAAAUUAAUGCUUCAUGGUGAUCCUGAGCUUAGACCAGAUGCUUUCCAGAUUGUCAAGAUUGAAUAUUUUAAUGAUAUUGGUGUUAAAACAUUAAUAUACCUUGACAAAUUAUUUCAAUGGGACAAUUUGCAAAAAUCUCAAUUUUACAAAGGAUUACCUCAAAUUUUGAAACAAUUUCCAAGACGUGCUAUUUUGCAAAAAGUUCUCCCAGCUUUGCAAAAAGAAUUUGUGAAUGCCCCAAUGAUUCCAUUUCUACUUCCCAGUAUUCUUCAAGUUAUGGAAGAAUGUACUACUGAAGAAUUUAAUGAAAGAGUUCUUCCAAUGUUAAAACAGAUUAUUGUUAUUGAAGAGCCACCUCAAAUAAGUUUGCUACUUUUACAAAAAAUGGAGCUUCUUUUGAAAUGGUGUUCACCAGACAUUGUUAAAAACUACAUUUUACCAAUGAUGACUCGAGCUUUAGAUUCUAAACUGGAACAACUCCAAGAACAUUGUUUAAUAGCAAUUCCAUUAAUAGUAAAAAUUGUGGAUAGCUCAAGUAUGAAGAACUCUGUGAUCCCUAGGAUGAAAAAAAUUUGCUUAUCUGGCAAAAGUGGACAUUAUAGUUUAGGGGUCCGUGUGAACUGUUUAUUGUGUCUUUCAAAAAUUAUUGAAAAUCUAGAUUCAUGGAUUGUAAGAGAGGAAAUUUUACCAUUCCUUCUACAAAUUCCUAAUACUGGUGAACCAGCCAUUUUAGUUGCUGCUAUUGGUAUUUUUAAAUUAAUAUUGGUUAACAGUAAAUUGGGCAUUAGUAAAGAUUUACUAGCAACAAAAGUUUUACCCUUUUUGUUGCCACUUUGUGUAGAGCAAAGUUUUAACCCAAAACAGUAUGAGCUAUUAGUUGCAUUGGUAAAUGACAUGGUUACACAAGUUACCAUGGAGCACAGAGAAGCUCUUCAACAAUUACAAAAAACAAGACAAUUUCAUGAAAAUAUGUCAGAUACUCUCAAUGAUAUGACAUCACCAGUUAAAAGUCCUCUAGACAAUAUGAUGUCUUCACCAACAAAUCCUCUAGCUAUGUUUGAGUCUAGCUCCACUUCAUCUCCUCCCGUUAAAUCACCCAUGUCACAACAAUCUCGAGUUCUUAGUUUGGAUGAUAAAAUAAGACUGGCCAAACAAGAAGAAAUGGGUCAACGAAUUAAUACUCAGAGUACUUUACAACCUAAUGUCACAACUCCUGUGACACAAAAGUCAAGACCCAAAGAUUUAACAGAUACUUUGUUAGCAAAUAAUUUAAAUCAAUUGAAUUGGUCUACCAACAAAACAACCCCUGUUACUGGCACUGUACCAAACUAUACAUCGAUUAAUUCCAGUAGUUCUUUUACAUCUCCUACAUUAAAUCGACAGCAGAAUUUCAUGGUAAAUCAAAUGCCCCAAACAACUCCAGUAAAUUGGAAUCAACAAGUGCCUAACAAUUUUGGAUCACCUAAACCAAUGCAAUUAGGUACUAAUUCAAAUUGGACAUCACCAUCAAUGAUGUUACCUACUUCUUCACUAACGAGUCCAAGUUCUCAAAGUCAAAGUACUUUGAAACUAUCUACUGAAGAAAUUAUGGAUUUUCUCAAGUGAGCUGAGCUCGAAAUUAUCUUUGUUAAUAGAUGUAAAAUAAAAAUAUUCGCAACAGAAUAUGAAGUUUAAAGUGAGAAUAAUGUUUUCAUAAGAUAUUUAAAAUGGCAAAGUUUAAUUUUUAUAAGCUAAUGACCAAUCAAUGUAUUUAUCUAAAACUAAAUUGAAAUAGAUUGUUGGUAGAUUAAAAUUUUAUAAUUUGCAUACUUAUAGAGAUACAUAUGAUUUCAAGAAAUAUAUCAUUUUUGCAAUUUUAAAUGAUUCAUCAGAGGAAAUUUAUAAUAAUAGAAAAUUGUUUCUUUCUGAGGAGGUACCGAAAUCUAAACAAACUUUUGGGUAUUAUUUAUUUAGAAAGUAUUGUCUAAGUAAAUAAUUUAUAAGUGAUUCAUCAUCAUUCAGCUAGUGGUAUUUUAGUUCAUUUUUCCAUCACUUUUGUAGAUUGUGCAAUAACAAUUUUCUUACUUAAUUAUAUCGACGAUCUAAUAUUAUUUUAAAAUUAAUUUAAAUAGGUCAUCAACCACAUAUUUUCUAGUCUACAUUCAAUAAGUAAAUUAUUUUAAAAAUAACACAAAAAUCAUAUUUAAGAUGUGAAAUAUUUGUUAAACUUGGAAAAAACUGACGUUAUUCAAUCGACAUAUUGCGUGUAUAAUAUAAAUAUUUUAAAAAGUAAAAAU